AUGCUUCCCACUCCCGAUACCUCGCAUGUAUCUUUCGAUCGAAUCUACGAACCUGCCGAGGAUUCCUUCUUACUCCUCGAUACUCUAUCCUCUCCCAGCGAAAAAGAUUUUCUGCGUCAGCGAUUCCCUCGAAAGGAACAAAUUUCGAUAUCACCCUCUCCAUUUGUGGUAGAGAUUGGCACCGGGUCGGGAGUCGUUCUCUCCUUCGUGCAUGCACACGCGGAAAUUAUAUUUGGCAGAGCGGAUAUCCUUACGGCUGGCGUGGAUGUAAAUCGUUAUGCAUGCGAGGCUACGCAGGAAACAGUGAGGGUAGCGGAGAAAGAGCAGACUUCACAGGAUUUACCACACGGGUCAUAUCUAGGGAAUGUGGUAGGAAAUUUGGGGACUUGUUUGAAAGCUGGCAUGGUUGAUGUAUUGGUCUUCAAUCCGCCAUAUGUGCCAAGCCCGGACGUGCCAGUACCGGAGCUGUCUGGAGCGGGAAAUGAGGAUGGGUCAGUAACAUAUGAAGGGGAUUCGAAAUUACUGGCAUUAUCGUACGCGGGUGGAAUGGAUGGCAUGGAAAUUACCAACCGAUUGAUCGAUGCAUUGCCAGAGGUUCUAAAUAAGGAGAGAGGUUGUGCAUAUAUCUUACUCUGUGCGCAGAAUAAGCCCGAAGAUGUUAAACGACGUAUACAUGAAUUUGGACAUGAGUGGAAAGUGGAAACUGUCAGAAAUAGUGGGAAGGUUGGAGGAUGGGAAAAAUUGCAAAUUGUUAGAAUUUGGCGUGUGCCACCUAGCACCUCCUGA